GCGGCUGUGUUGUCCUCGCCCCCCAGGGCACGGAGCCGGGUGCUCGGCGUGUGCCGGGGCCCUGCCCGCACGCACGCUGCCCCGACGGCGCUUCGGGGGCCCAGGCUGCGUGGAGCAGCCUUCGAGGCGCCCCGGUGCUUCCCACCGUGCCUUCGUGCUGCUGGGCCGAGCGGCCUCGGGGUGGGGCGGCUUAAGCCGCGUCUGUGCGGCUGGUGGGGUCUCGGGGUGACGGUCUGUCUGCCGGGCAGACCUGCAGGUAGCUGACCCUGACAGCUUGCUAAGGAGAGCACCUGGCCCUGGAGAAACAGCACAGGCAUGUGAGCUCCGGCACCCAGAUCGGUGAUGCUGUGGUGAGGGGCAGCACAGGCGCCCACCCAGGGAGCAAAAGUUCCAGGGUGCAGCACCGUGCCUUCCCCAGCUGCUCUUCUGUGAGCACCCACGUUGCUUGUGCCAGCCUGGGAAGAGAAACUUCCGAGAGUUUCCUCCCCUUCUCGCUCUAGUAAAUGCCAGCCGCUGAGCAUUGCUGCCAGCCUGGCACCACCGCCUUGUGCUCUAAGAGAGGCAAACUGGCGGCGCCUCCUGCAGUGGCCUCGCCAGGGGAUGGAGACUGCAUCCUGAACACCUUCCGAGGGGCUGCAGCUCUGGGGCUGACCCUGUUGCUGCCGCAGGCUGAGCAGAGCAGUGCCUCAGCUGAUCCCGUCCUUGACACAGUUUGGCCUCUGAGUUGAAAGAGCUCCGCUGCCUUUGCUGGUGUUUGAAGUACUUGCCCCACGCCAGUCCUUUCACAUCUCAUUCUCCUUGCGGAGUACCUAGCAAGCCUUUAGUUGUGUAAUACAUAUUGCAAGUAACAUCUGUUUUGAGGCUUGUCAUGUUUACAUGACUUUCUGCUGAAAAAGCUCGCUCUCCCCUUGCCUCUGCCAUUCUCUCCUUCGCUUCCAUUAUGAUUCUGUCUUUACAUCCACAAAAGGCCUGAAAGAGUUUAUAGAUACAGAAUUUGUAGCUUUUUAAGUAUUUUGCCAAAUUCAGCCUCUGUACUGUGCUGGGAGACGUCACCAUCAUCCCCCUCAUCUUGACUCACUUCUCUGGCUGCAAGUCGUGCUGGGCACCGUGUUUAAAUGUGUCCUCCUUGUUUUCAAGGCCCUGUAUAGCACAGUUAAAGCCCACAUCUCUGAGCUGGCUUCUUUUGCUGUUCUUUAGAAAUCCUCUGCUCUGCCAAGGACAACGGUUUCAGUUCUCUCUCCAGCUGCUUCAGUUGCUCCCAAUGCCCUUUUCCCACUUUCCCUGAUGCCUGGCUGCCAUGCACCCACUCUGUUGCCAUUCCGCUUAGGAUUAGCAGUGACAUUAAAAACUUGUACGUAUGUGUAAAGAUUUUAGAAAAAUGUUAAAUUUGCAAGGGGCCAGGAGGGACUCCUACAGGAGAGGAAAGGCGUGAGCCUCGUGGCCCUGCAGAGCCCCAGGUGUGUUAGCCGCCCUGGGGAGCGUGGCUUUGUGAUGAUCGCAGCAUUCGGUGUGCGGCUGCGGUGUCUGCGCAGUGGGUGACUGUUCAGACGUUCAGACGGACUUUGUAAUGCCAGUGAUGUGUGCCUGGGUGGGGUGCCCUGAAUUGUGCUUAGCACUUCGCUACCUUAACUGAUAAUUUCCCCUCAACCUCCAACAAAAAUAUGUUUCUAAUGAAUUGUAAAUUCGUGAUGAUUGCUCAACCCCACUUCUGAGUGGCAUAGCUUUUACUUCAUUUUGUUUUUAGAACCUUUGUAUUAGGACAUAAACUAUAUUGCUUCCUUGUCAGGAGCACUUAGAGGCUCUGGAAAGAGUUAGGUCCACAUGAUAGCAGGUAUCAAUGGAGUCCCUCCCAGGGGAUUUAGGUUCUCUGGAGAUAAUGAGCAGUGUAGAAUGGGAGUAAAGGUGAGCAAAGAGUAGAGCUUCCAAUUCAAACUGCAGUAAUUCCCCUAUUUCUACACUCCCUACCCAACAACCAAACCAUCACUGGGGACUUCUGUCGAAAAGCUGCAUUGAAAAAUACCGGUCAGGGUACAAAGGCACGUUCUCAAGUGUUGAGGAAUGUCCUUGUAUCCCCAGUUCAACCUGUUUUGGAUGCAUACUCAAGGUACAAUGACUAAUUUUGUGAUUGUAUACUGCCUACCUGCAGGAGCCCAGGCACAGGUACUGCACGGCCGAAGGGGUGCUGCUGUUGGGAUUUUGUCUGGUCCUUAUUCUAUGUUGUAUCGUUUUAGACGUGUGCCUCGGGGAGGGAGAAGACAGGACUUGGUAACGGUGUCUGCAAAGUGCAUGCAGCCACUCAGUACAGUGUGGCUAGAACUGGGGAAGCUCUUACCUCCUGAGCUGGUGCUCUGGCCUUUGUGUGCUUAGGUCCACAAUGCUAUAGAUUAAGUAUCCAUCGCAGUGUCCUUGCUCACAUGUUUUGGCAAGGUGCUCUGCUUUGCAUUAAAAGUUGAUGCUGUGCUCAAGUUUCCAGAUGACUUUCAUUUGCUUGCCAUCUGGCCCAACGCGAGCUCCUCUUCCUUCCUCCCCAACCUACGCGUACCCCACACAAACCCUGCCAGCCGGCACUGAGCCGUGUCCCGCUACCGAGCAGGUGACAAUACUGUGACAGCCAGUGCCCAGCUGGAGGGAAAAAAACGUGGUAUGAGUGACUUGUGUGGUACACGCAGAGCUCCUGUGGCAAACACCCCGAACUGUUGCACACGUGUGCUGUGGGGAAGGCAGAGCUCAAGCAGCAGUUGUUCUUAGUGAUCCUGGAUCUGGGGGGUUUGCUGAUCCAACCUUGGUGUAUUUAUUUUAAUGAUUUCUGUAUGUCAGGUUUAAAAGGAAAUGAAGCUGUUUCUUUUUAAAGCGAGGAGAUUCCUCAUCCUCCUGGGAGCCAUAUGGGGUCUGGAGAUGGUAGGACGUAAGAGAGAUCACGUGUUUCCCACUGCGUGAAGCUCGGGGGGGGCUCUUUGGGAUCUGCGGAGACAAACAGCAUGUUUUAACGAGAGGCUGCAGCAGUCCGCCUGACCCCGGCAGGAGAAGGCUCCUCUCCUCUGUGCCAUUAAGCCUGCUUUUUCUCUGCUUGGGGUCUUGUCCAUUCUGUUGAGGUUUGUAGGGGUGGCUCUGCAGUUUUCCUCAGUCCCUGCAUUGGCACCGUGUCCAGGGCCUGGCUCAAUGGGGUAUUGUUUGUCCCACCCAGGAAUGUGCAGGCAAGCAAGGACCUCCGGGGACUUGCAGAGCAACACGUUCUGCUCGGAGCAGGGGGCUGACUGCAGUUGGCAGCUCCAAAGGCUCCUGUGAGUGCUCGGGGUGUGCUCCAGCGUGGGCAAUGUCCUGUCCUUGAAGCGUGGCUGAGGACUGUGCAGGCCUUGCAGAUGCAGCGGGGUAAGGAGGAAGGGAGGAGAGGUGGCCACAUUUGGAGGCCACGGGGAGGUGGGAGGAACAGAGGUAAAGGGCAGGGAAAAUGCCUCAGCACGUAGUUAGUGAGCUUCUGUUCCUGACACAAUCGUGUGAGAAGCCAAGUGACGCGCCUGGUUUCUGCCCACUGCACGUUAGGUUCUGCUCCUGCAGCUCAGUGCGCAGCGAGCACUGCAGCAAAUGUCCUGUGGAAGCCAGAGCCAGCAGCUGAGCGAGGCAGAGGGCACCUCCGUUUCUGGGGGUGGAUUCUGUUUUCGGCGAACAGGCAUUAUAUUACAGUGAGGGGAAGGAGGCGUGAAAAGACAGAGGUAAAAAGUAUGGCAUUUUUAAGUUUUAAAAAAGAUCAGUGGCAGCAUUUUUUAAUAUUCUUUAAUUGUUCUGUGACAAAGUUGGCUUUUGUGCACUUCUGGGAAUCAGACUCCUUCCUGGUUUACUGCUUAGGCUGGCUCUCAGUUUUAAAGAGACUGAGACAUCUGCUGCACAAGAACAUACUUGUCUCCCUUGUGCAAACCAACUGUGCGUGUGGAAGCCUGCACUGCAUUUUUUUUCUGUUUGGUGAUAUAUUAAUUUCUUGGUUACUGUGCUGGUGAGUUAUGCUGCAGCGCUGCCCAUAGCCAGCUCUAACAGCACUGUCUGAGCGAGAAGCUGGGAGGUAUUAUUUGGAGGGAGACAUUUAGGGAUGCUGCCUGUCAAGUCUGGUUCUCUUGCUGCUAAGUUUGUGGCAUCUGUUCAUUAUUGCUUUUUAUCUCAUAAUCUGAUCAAUGCUUUGGGUGUACCACUGGAUUAGCUGUCUCAAAAGCCUUUGAGUCUCUCCUUUUACUGGGGCUAUUAAUGCUGUUUGUAAUCAACCUAAAAUGAUCUCUUCGUGUCGCUGCAUUAUUUUCUAAGUGCUUGAAAUCCUUGCUUCAGCAAAAACAGGGAAGAGAGAACUCCCGUUUUGAAGCUACAGAAACUCAUCAGAAAUUAAUUUACUCAUCCUUACGAUCAGGCAGAGUCCAAAAGGGCAUUUGUAUCACCAUCUUCAGUGGGUCUGCUUCCAUGUAAGUUAUGAUCCUUUGAGCAAGUGCCUGGUAAUAAUUCACUGUUGUGUUGGUGAGUCCUUUAUUUGAGGCAUUUUACCCUGUCCAAUCUCAGCCACGAGGAGAGAGGAGGGUAAGAGAAAUUGUCUGAGUCAGUGUGUAAAUGUCUCCUCUUGGCUGCUGUGGCGUGGUCUGCGCUGAAGGUCUCACAACAAUCUUGUAAGUGAGCUAAUAGCUCUCAUUUCAUUCCGGUCUGUCCUUUCAUCAGCCCACACCGGACCAGACAUACUCCAGAGCUAAUGACAAGGAGGGGUAGGCUGUCUUCCACGAAGGUGAUGUGUGCUGAGCAUGCAUGUGGGGAGGCUGGGAGGAGUGAUUAAUGCCCUGGGAAUUCACUUCUCUGCCUCGCUACACAAAGCUGUUGUGUCAGGGCACCGGGCGGGCUGCAGCUGGGCGCCAGGAACACGUUACCUAGUUUGCUCAGGAUCAGGCACCGAGACAGAGACAGCAUGUUCUCAGCGGGCCGAGUUCGCCGCUGUGCCGCAGCUUCAUACUUGCACAGUGAGGCUCUCUUUGGACGUGGAUGUGCUGCUAGGCGGAGGCAGGAAUCCUGUCCUGCUCCAGCUCUGCUGCAAUCUGCAGCCCUGACCUCUGCCAGGGUGAAGUCCCAGAGUUUGCUGAGUUGUGGGGGAGCCCUCCCUCCCCCUGGCUGGGAGGGAUUGCCCCCCUUGGAGGUGAGAGGGGAUGGUGCUUGGCCAGCAGUCAGGAGCUGUGACUCACUGGGGAUCACAGGCGGAGCCCUGCUCUCCCUGCAAUCUGCUCUUCCUGCUGGAGCCCCUGCACGAGCAGUUGCUGGAUGUUUUUCUCACCGGGCAGAUCUGGGCUGGAGCUGGGAGAAGCUCGUGUCCACCAUUAAAGCUGAGGAAUUGGACUCAGUACAUUCCCCGUCUGCAAGAUGCUGGGAGACUUCCUUUUCUAGGUGGAGGUUUGGAGAAAAUGUUGGCAGUCAGCACUCCAUGGAGUAAGACAAGGCCAAGACCCUGGAAAACAUAAUAUUUUGUGUUCGAAUCAUGUUACGGAGCAAGCAAACCCUGUAAGACUGAUCCACUGCUUUGAAAUACAGGGGCAUACUGUCUAGACUCGGAUGGACGGAAAAGGACAGCAAGCAGCCUAGUAUUCAGAGGUGUUUCACAGUCCCUUGCUGGAAGAGGACAGUUUACCAGGUGCUGGUCACUGGACUUUCAAGGGACAGAGUGAUCUGGGAAGUGUUGCCCCGGUAGGACCAGCUCUAGGGGCUUACACUCCCUGCUGUCUGGCUGGCAAGAGGCUGGUCUGGUGGUGUAUGCGGGGCAAUUCUAGAGAAGGAUGUGCAAAAGAAGUAUCUGGUAUUUCUGGAAUACGCGUAGGAGUGGCCAGUGCUGUCAGUGACCUGUGUGGGCUCAUCAGAAAUCCCCAGCAGCCUCGGAGGAGAGUUUGCAUGCUCCAGGUUCUUAUCCCUGGCACUGGCACCGAGCAUCCCCCGUGCUCGCUGACACUCGCAUCCCCCUGAGCCGACUCAUCUGAGCUGCGGCAGUAGGGCUGUAGCUGCUCCCUUCCCUUCGUCCAACAGUCAGUCAGUGACUCCUGCGUCUCGGAACUUUAGGUACCAAUCUGGCUGCAGACCCCACGCAAUGGAGGCUGGCUCUGUGGUACGAGCGGUCUUUGAUUUCUGUCCCAGCGUCUCUGAGGAGUUGCCCCUCUUCGUGGGAGAUGUCAUCGAGGUGCUGGCUGUGGUGGAUGAGUUCUGGCUCCUCGGCAAAAAGGAAGGUGUCACAGGGCAGUUUCCUAGCAGCUUUGUGGAACCUGUGGAUAUUCCCCCUUUGAAGCAGGGAGAAAAACUGUUUGUUUGUACCAGUGACUUCACAUCUCAAGAGCCAGGGAGCUUGUCAUUGCAGAGAGGAGACCUGGUGAUCCUGGGGGGUUCCCUGGCCUCCAGCUGGCUCCAGGGCCGAAGCAGCUGGGGUUCCAAGGGCUUUUUCCCCUCAUCAUGCGUGCGGGAGCUGUGCCUUUCUACUCGGAGCCGUCAGCUGUCCCAGAGCGCUCUCCUGGAGGUGCCUGCCUACUCAUUGGGCCAAGCCCGGGCCCUGAUGGACCUGUCUGCUCAGCUGGAAGAGGAACUGGACUUCAGGGAAGGGGAUGUGAUCAACAUCGUUGGCAUACCAGAGCCUGGCUGGUUCGAGGGGGAGCUCCGAGGCCACAGGGGUAUUUUCCCAGAGGGUUUUGUGGAGCUGCUUACUCCUCUGAGAGCAGCAGGAACCUCAGAGGAUCCAGAGCCCAGAGGGACUUGUGACACCAACGGGACAGUGGAGGUUCCCACCAAACAGGAGGAGGACAGCAGAGAGGAUGGAGGGCAGGAGCCAGGGAGCACCUAUGGUGUUGCCCUCUACCAGUUCCAAGCCCUGGAGUCCCAGGAACUGGAUUUUGAUGUGGGCGACAGGAUUCGGAUUGUGGGCAUUCUGGAGGAUGGCUGGCUAGAGGGGGAGCUGAGGGGGAAACGCGGCAUCUUCCCACACAGAUUUGUGAGACUGGAAGCUUCCGACCCUUGCAGGGAAAAGGUGGGUGCUGGAGAUGCCCAGGUUGGAGUCAGCUGUGAAGCGACCAUCCAGCAAGACCCAGAGAGCACCUGCUCCAAAGCUCUCCCUUUGCCAGGGAAAGAUGGCAGGGACGUGGAGGAUGGCUCUGUUGCACACCCUGUGUCUGACACCAUUACAUCUCACAUGGCGGAGAGGUCGGAGGGUCCUCUGGGCACUGACUUGAGACAGUGUCAGGCCUUUCCUGACGCAGGACUCCAGGGGCCACAUCCCAAAGCCACAGCAGACUCCCUCCCCUCUGACUGCACAAAGACAGUCAAUGGCCUUCAUCCCCCUGCUCAGCUGCCCCCACAGCAGAGCAACAAGCCUGGCCAAGCAGGUGUACUGGAGCCUCAGGCCCUGCCUGAGCAUGAUGGAGACAGUCCUGCCUUGCCCCAGCAGGCUCCCUGCUCCCCGCCAGACACUUGCAGAAGCCAGGUCAUUUCUCCUCCUAACAGCUGGGCAGCACCAGAGCCCCAGGAGAACCAGAGCAGCGCCCAGGACUUGGAUGGUUGGGUGGACAGUCAGCAGGAGAAGUCCAAAUCUUGUUCCUCCAGCUUGGGAGGUGCCCACAUGGGCUCGGACACCUGGUCUGGGACGUGGGGGGAAUGUUCCCUUCUCACAGCGCAGGGGGAUGGCUGCACAGACCUCGACUCCAAACUGACAGAGCAGCUGGCACAGUUUGAGAAGAGUCUGUCGAGUACCGGUGCUGAGCAGGACAAGGUCUCCCGGCACUUCUCCAUCUUGGACUAUAGCUCUGAGAAGGACAUCGUUCGUGGGUCUCCUGAGCCUGCCUCCCACGCCAAGCAGCCAGAGAGGAGGAAAGCCCUGAGGCCGCCCCCUCCUCGGCCCAGCACCCUCGCGACAGCCCCUGUGCCCUCGCAGCCCGGCCGCCUUCCCAAAGGCAGGUCCCUGUCGUUCUCGGUCAAGCCCUCCCGGCCCGCACCUCGGCCUCCGUCCAGCAGUCAGCGGAGGAGCCUGGCCCCUCCGCAGCUGCAGCCCAGCGCCCAGGAGCAGCGUGCAGAGGAGGGCCGCUAUGACUUGAUGCAGACAGGAGCGGCUUCCCCCUGCUCCAUCCUGCUGACGAGGAUCGGAGAGGUGGAGCGAGACCUGGAGGCUUACGGGAAGACCCGCGCUGAGCUGAGCUUGAUGCUGGAGGAGCAGCAGGAUGAGCUGGUGAGAGCGGAGACCCUGGAAAACCUUGACUUCUGUGAUUCCAACAUCGAGAGCCUCAGCGUGGAGCUGCAGGAGCUGAGAGAGAUGACCCUCCUGUCCUCCCAGACACCAUCCCUGGAGACAUCCUCAGCUGCCAGUGAGAGCCCAGAGCACAGGAUGCUGGAGAAGAGGUCCAAGGUUAUUGAGGAACUGCUCCAGACAGAGAGGGACUACAUCCGAGACCUGGAGAUGUGCGUGGAGAGGAUCAUGGUGCCCCUGCAGCAGGCACAGAUGCAGAGUGUAGACUUUGAGGGUCUUUUUGGAAACAUCCAAGUGGUGAUAAGCUUCUCUAAGCAGCUGCUGUCCACCUUGGAGGCUUCAGAUGCCAUUGGGCCGGUGUUCCUGGCACAGCGUGCAGAGCUGGAGAGCGUCUACAGGGUGUAUUGCCAGAACCAUGAUGAGGCCAUUGCACUGCUGGAAACUUACGAGAAGGAUGAGAAGAUCCAGAAACUACUGGUGGACCUGCUGGAUAGCCUCAGGAGCCUGUACAGUGAGUGGGGCUGCACAAACUACAUUAACCUGGGCUCCUUCCUCAUCAAGCCAGUGCAAAGGGUGAUGCGGUACCCGCUGCUGCUGAUGGAGCUGCUGAGUGCCACCCCUGAGUCUCACCCUGACAAGGCUCCGCUCACAGCUGCUCUCCUUGCAGUCAAAGAAAUCAAUGUCAACAUCAACGAGUACAAGCGUCGGAAGGACCUGGUGCUGAAGUACCGGAAAGGGGAUGAAGAUAGCCUCAUGGAAAAGAUCUCCAAGCUCAACUUCCACUCUAUCAUCAAGAAAUCCAACCGUGUGAGCAGCCACCUCAAGCAUCUCACAGGCUUUGCACCCCAGCUGAAGGAUGAAGCCUUUGAGGAGACAGAGAAAAAUUUUCGGAUGCAAGAAAGGCUGAUCAAGUCCUUCAUCAGGGACCUUUCGCUCUACCUGCAGCACGUCCGGGAGUCAGCCUGCAUGAAGGCGCUGGCAGCGGUCAGCAUGUGGGACCUGUGCACGGAGAAAGGCAGUGGGGACUUGGACCAGUUCCAGAAAGUGAACCGGCUCAUCAGCGACCAGCUCUUCUCCAACUUUAAAGAGCGGACGGAGCGGCUGGUGAGCUCGCCGCUGAACCAGCUGCUGAGCAUGUUUGCGGGGCCUCACAAGCUGGUGCAGAAACGCUUCGACAAGCUCCUCGACUUCCACAACUGCACAGAGCGAGCAGAGAAGCUGAAGGACAAGCGAACACUGGAGGAGCUGCAGUCGGCCCGCAACAACUACGAGGCCCUUAAUGCCCAGCUGCUGGACGAGCUGCCCAAGUUCCUGUGCUUCGCCAAGGAGCUGUUUGCCAGCUGCGUGCGAGGCUACGCCGAGGCACACUGUGACUUCGUGCGCCUGGCCCUGGAGGAGCUGAGGCCCCUGCUGUCGUUGCUGAAGGUGUCUGGCCGGGAGGGGAACCUCAUUGCCAUCUUCCAGGAAGAGCACAGCCGGGUCCUCCAGCAGCUCCAGGCCUUCACCUUCUUCCCAGAGUCCCAGGCAGCUCCCAAGAAGCCUUUUGAGAGGAAGACCAUGGAGCGUCAGUCUGCCCGGCGGCAGCCGCUCGGUGCCUUGCCCAGCUACCUCCUGCAGUCGGACGACAUCCGAGCUGCCCUCCUGGCCCGCUAUUCCCCCGACAGCCUCUUCCAGGCAGAGCGCAAUUUCAAUGCUGCCCAAGACCUGGAUGUCUCGCUGCUGGAGGGAGACAUCGUGGGGGUCAUCAAGAAGAAGGACCCCAUGGGCAGCCAGAAUCGCUGGCUCAUAGACAACGGGGUGACCAAGGGCUUUGUGUACAGCUCCUUUCUGAAGCCCUACAACCCGCGCCGCAGCCAGUCGGACGUCUCCGUGGGCAGCCACUCUUCCAACGAGUCCGAGCACAGCAGCUCCUCCCCGCACAGCAGCACCACGCUGACCUUCAGCUCCAGCGGGGCAGCCGUGGCCUUCACUCAGAAACCCCUGCAGGACUCUGCCUCCCCAGGAGACCCAUACCAACCCCCGCAGUCCCCUUCGCAGACGGACUCCCCCUCUGUGCCCCAGCUCAGCUCUGGUGACAGGACGGAGAGGCUGGAGGCUGGUGUGGUGACAUCUCCACGCCGCUACAGCCGCCCUGAGCCAGGCUACAGCCCCGGCCCUCGCAAUGGGCACCCCGCCAAAGCGCGGCUCAGGCCUGUGUCCUCGGUGGAGGACAGAGACUCCGGGCUGGAGAGCAGCGAGUCAGAGGGCAACCAGGUCUAUUACGCGCUCUACACCUUCAAAGGCCGAAACACCAACGAGCUGAGCGUGUCAGCUAACCAGAGACUCAGGAUCCUGCAGUUUGAGGACAUCACAGGCAAUCGAGAGUGGUGGCUGGCCGAGGCCCACGGCAAGCAGGGCUACGUGCCCUCCAGCUACAUCCGGAAGACGGAGUACACGUGAGACAGGGGGCAGGAGCCCCCACCCUGUGCCUUGGGACUGCCGGGGGCCCUGCAGCCUCCGCUGCUCACCCCAGGGGGCUGAGGCUGUGCCUCCUUGCAGCCCUGCAGUGCUUCCAGCCCCAUCGUGCUGGCUGCCAUGGGCAGGAGGAAGCGUGGGCUGGCAGGGCAGGCGGCUUGCCUGAGGGCAGGGGUGAGUUGCUGUCACCCCGUGCUGUUCAAGCCUCCUGCCUCCAGCCAGGAGCGGGGGAGCAGAGCAUGGGGCCAUGUCCCAGAAGGGAAUGACUCAACCGAGGCUGAGCUGCUGUGGAUUUCGACUGUGGAAGUCUAUUGCUGAGUCCAUCUUUAGCGUUAAAAGCAACCUGUGAAUGCAUUCCCAGUGCCUUCUCAGCAGCAGCAGGAGCCUGGUCUAUCCUGUCCGUGCAGGACCUCAGGGUGGGACAUCUGUGCUGGCCUGAGGAAGCUGCUCUGAGGAUUGCUGUGAGUAGUUCAGCUUCAGAGCCCAGCCUUCAGGAGCACCCACGGCAGAGCCCUGAUGGGUGCUGUGUCCAUGCGCUUGGUCUCCCAGGGGCUGGGGCCUCUCUGAGCUUUCUUAGCUUAGAACUAGAAACCCCUAUUGGGGGGUUGUCCAGGCUAUUGGGUUCUCAGCUCCCAGAAGAGCCAUAGACCCUGAACACCGUCUUCCCUUGUCAGCACUGUGCCUCCAGUGUCCCAGACCCGCCUCUUUGCUCUAGCAGGGCUGCUCUGGGGCGGGGCAGAAGGCAAAACACAGGCUGUCCUGCAGCCUCAUGUUCUGGGGCUCUGACCAGGAGUGCCUCACCUGUGCCUGCUGCAGGGCACUGGAGAUGGCGCUUAUGUUUUGGGGGGGAUGCGGUGCCCUUUGCAGGGGUGGUGUGUCUUAUGUGCUGCUGCCAUGCCCUGAAGGAGGGAAGCUCCCUUCUCCUUGGGGCAGUGUUUGUGUCCCCUGUACUGCUGCUCUGUAAAUAAACAUUUACCCUUGUA